AUGACUGAAUCUCGUAUAAAAACCUCUGUUGUUGUUAGUCAUGGAACUCAUGCAUCUAGUUGCGGCUAUUGCGAUUCGUAUGGAAGAUCAAUUAAAUUUGCUUUUACCGCUUAUUUGUUAACAUGUCAGGAUUACCAAGAUCUCAUUGAUCGCGGUUGGCGACGGUUGGAUGCUACCAAAUUCCAAGCUUCGAAAUCACAAAGAAAAUUAAUUAGUCGAUUUAACAGAUAUAUAGAAGGAACUUACAAUCCAUUUGAUAAAGAUGAUGUUUCUGAUGUUGAUAAUACAGAUAAUAAUAAAGCUAAACAACAACAAUCAAACAAGAAGCCUACAAAAACUUUUGAUCUUAUUGAGAGUAUUCAUGAGUCUGAAAAAAUUGAAGGAAAACAUCAAUUCAAAAUUGUACUUGAAAAAUCUUCUUUUACAAAGGAAAAAUAUCAACUUUAUUUUAAAUACCAAACUAAUGUUCAUGAUGAUAAAGAAUAUGAAUAUGAGCCAUCAUCAAAACCAGAUACACCAGGAUAUGGAUCUUUUCAUCAAUGUUAUUAUUUGGAUGAUAAACUUAUUGCUGUUGCAGUUUUAGAUAUUUUACCAUCAUGUAUUUCAUCGGUUUAUUUUUUUUAUGAUAAUGAUUAUUCAGCUAUGCAACUUGGUAAAUACAGCGCUUUAAGAGAAAUUGCUAUGACAUUGGAACUUUAUAAUGAAGGAUUAAAAGAUUUACAAUGGUAUUAUAUGGGAUAUUAUAUUUAUUCUUGUCAAAAAAUGAAAUACAAAGAACAAUAUAAACCAUCAUAUUUAUUGGAUCCUGUGACAUAUGAAUGGUAUCCAAUUGAAAAAUUUACACCACAAUUUGAAAAGACAAAAUUUGUCACAUUUUCAAAUAUUUCAACAUCAAACACGUCUUUAAAAAGCAUGCUAGAUCCUAAAAAAGUCACUGAUAAUGAUAUAAGUGAUUUAAAACUAUUUAUAAAUGGUGAAAUAAUUCCUUUUAGAUCAUCAUUUAUAAAAAGUACAAUUAUUAAAAACAAAUUAAAAAAUUUCUAUGCUGCUGUUGGACGUGAACUUGCUAUAAGAAUGAAUUUCUAUAAUAAAUUAGAUAAAAGAAAACAAUCAAUUUGGAAUAAUACAUUUGUUAGUUAUAUUCAUGCAUGGAUUUGUUCUAUAUUAACUACCUUGUGUUUUAUUUAUUAUCCUGAAAUAUGGAAUGAUAUGAUUUAUUCAAAGGCAAAAUUAUGUGCACUUCAAAUAGCUUUAUCAACUGGAUACUUUUUUGCGGAUAUGUUUGAUUUUUUAAUAAAAAAUAUAUUUAUGGAUUCACCUGGAAUUUGGUUUCAUCAUAUUUUAGUAACAGCAGUAUUUAUUUCAUCCACCUUGAGUUGUAAAUAUUUUCCAUAUUUAACAGCAACACUGUUGGUAGAAAUUGGUAAUAUUUUCCUACAUCAACUUUGGAAUGAAUAUGGUUUAUUUGAUAGUUUAAGAAAUUGGAGAAUUGCUUUUUUUGGUAUGAUAUUGAUGAAUAUUUUAAAUUUACAAUUAUUUCAACAAUUAUGGAGUUCAGAUUGGAAAAACAUUUUAUUUUCCAAUAAUAAUAUAGAUAAAAAUAAAAUCAAAUUAAAAAAAAUUAUAGACGAUAAUUUAGACAAAUAUUAA